AUGGCUACGGGAGAGGAUCAGAAACCUGUUAUGGUGGUGGGUAUCGACGAAAGCGAGCAGAGCACUUACGCCUUGGAGUGGACCCUGGAUCGUUUCUUCGCUCCCUACGCUCCUAAUUUUCCCUUCAAGCUCUUUAUCGUCCACGCCAAACCUAACGCCGUCUCUGCCGUUGGUCUUGCUGGUCCCGGAACUGCGGAGGUUGUGCCUUACGUUGAUGCCAAUUUGAAGCAUAUUGCUGCUAGGGUUAUCGAGAUGGCCAAAGGAAUCUGUCAGAGCAAAUCUGUUCAUGGCGCUAUGUUCGAAGUUUUUGAAGGUGAUCCAAGAAGUAUCCUGUGUGAUGUUGUGGAUAAACACCAUGCUUCUCUUCUUGUUGUGGGAAACCAUGGUUAUGGAGCUAUCAAGAGGGCGGUUCUGGGGAGCGUGAGCGACUACUGUGCACAUCAUGCUCAUUGCUCGGUGAUGAUCGUGAAGAAACCUAAGAUCAAGGUCUGAUGAUACGUACCUAGACAACCCAAGUUGUUAUCUCAUGAGUCAAAGCAUCUGCAUAGUCAGUUUCCGUGAAAUGAAAUAAAAUGUGAAACGAUCGAUCCAACAUUUGCACUUAUUGUUCAUUACAUUAUCAUCUAUCUACUCUUGUAUUCAUAAAAAAUAUUGUUUAUAUAUAGACGUUUAAUAUUACUACUGUGGUCA